UAAAGUUCCGAUAAUACACGUAAAAUGGCGACUAAUGGGAAAGAGUCCAAUGGUGCACACACAAUGGAGACCGAAGAAAAUGGAAUGGUUAACGGAUUUGAGCACAGCUUUGAUCAUGAACAUUGUUCUUUUAAGGCGAAGUGGGUCCGUCUAAAUGUUGGUGGAACAUAUUUCCUGACAACGAGGACGACGCUAUGCAGAGAUCCCAAGUCAUUUCUAUGCAGGUUAUGUCAAGAUGAUCCUGACUUGAGCAGCGAUAAGGAUGAAACUGGUGCCUAUUUGAUAGACCGAGAUCCCAUGUACUUCGGACCUGUAUUAAAUUAUCUUAGACAUGGAAAAUUAGUUAUCAAUAAAGACUUAGCAGAAGAAGGUAUUCUAGAGGAAGCAGAAUUCUAUAACAUCACUGCAUUAAUAAAGCUUGUCAAGGAAAGAAUGAAAGAAAGAGAAGCUAGGAAUUCUCAGGGUUCAAGAAAACAUGUGUAUCGGGUAUUACAGUGUCAAGAGGAAGAACUCACUCAGAUGGUAUCAACAAUGUCUGAUGGCUGGAGAUUUGAGCAGCUGGUAAACAUAGGUUCAUCAUAUAAUUAUGGCAAUGAGGACCAGUCAGAAUUCUUAUGUGUGGUGUCAAAGGAAGUCAACAAUACGGGAGCAUCAACGGGGGAGAAUUCAGAUAGGGCAAAGAUUCUUCAAGAGAGGGCGUCAAGAUCUCGAGAACACAGGACAUAGGGAGAAGAUUCUAUGCUCUAUCUCAACUUCUUCAUCCCCAUCUCUCGUGUGAUUUCUGCAAGCCUUAGGCGGUUAUAGAUAAUGUAAAGGAAAAAAAAAUUAAAAAGACAAAAAUACAAGAACAUAGAGGAUAUGUGUGUGCAUGGUUUGACUUUUCAUAUUUCUUUUGUAAUCUCUAGUUUGCUAGCAUUUGCUUUUGAGUUGUUAUUAUUUGUAUUUGAAUGGUUCAUCAACAACGAAAUCACUUGGCACAGGAGGUUUUGCAUUGGAAGCCUUCGUUGGAUGGCCUGAAUGGAAAGCCUCAAUAGUUACAGGUUACCAGGCCAUCAGACGUGGUGCGUCAUUGACCAAACAGCUUGUCAUCACCAUGAUCAUUCUCGUAAAGUCAUCUUGUCGGACAUCAUGAGCCAGGUUUCAGGAGGUCAAUGAACUUCUACAAGGUCACUUCUGGAAUGUGAGCCAAGAUUUCAUUGUGUUAACCUUAUGCCUACUGGAAUCGGUUGAUCCCUGUGCAAAGUCUAUAGAAAUGACAGGAUUCAGAGUAUACAUGUACAAGUCAAAGGGCAGUGUGUACCAUCCAUAAGGUUGUCAGGAAAUUCUGCAAGUAAUGGAAUGGAAUGGAAAGAUAUGAAGAAGUGUUAGUCUCCUCAUGAUUUCCCUAAUUGUUAUUAAAUAUCCCUAUGAAACUUAUCACAAAGAAUGAUUUGUGGAAAUAGUCCAUGGAACCAUCAAACUUGUAGGUAUCUCAGAAAGAGAGACACAGUCCAUGAACUUCUCAACAAAUCAUGCGACUGGUUUAACAUAACAUACACACAGAUCCUUACCUAGAUGGUUGGACCUUGUCGGAACAGUCCACCAAUCUAAAUUUCUGACCAGCACUUAAUGCUGUAUAACACCUACCCACUGGCACUAAUUUCUCCUCUGUCAAAGAAAAUGAUGUAAAAAUUACCCUUUUUUACCCCUCUGAAACCCCAUGUAAUGUGUGAGGUGAUUUUCUAACCACCACUAAAAAAAACCUAGGUGAGAAUCCCUGUACACACUGUUGUCCUGUACGAUGUAAGCAAGGCAAAGCAUCUUAGGCAUCCUUUCCUGUUGAAUACAUGUAGUUCUUGCUAGUGUAAUCAGUGGCAGACCGUGACCCGGAGGAGACAAAGCAUUGGAGGGGCACAGCACUGUUCACAAAUAAUACAGUGCCCCUCCAAUCAUUGUCUCCGGGUCACGGUCCGCCACUGAGUGUAAUAGUUGUUUAUCCUUCUCAGGUUGCCCCACCCCCCCAAUAUUUUAGGGAUGUAUGUGUGUAUAUAGGUGUGUGUGUGUGUGAGAAUGAGAGAGGAGAGAGAGAGACAACCCAUAUUUUAGAUGUAAUAUAAUUUUAGUAUUAAUAUUCAGGAAAGUUUUUUUUAGAAGUCUUAUAAAAGUUAUAGAUUACCUUAAAAGUUCAAUCUGUAGUACAAAUGUAAAAGACUUCUCGGAAUAAGUCAUGAAGACUUGAUCUUUUUAAUGCAUCUUUUUUUUUUUCAAGAUGCUGUUAUGCAAUAAGAAUUGCAUACAUGUAUCCCAAAUUACAUGUAAGGGAGAUGAAUUUAUUCGAGCACAGGAAUUUGACGGUUUUAGUAUUACUGUAUUCAGUGCCUUUCCCCUUUAAUUGUAAGAUACCACAAAAUCAAAUUUGACUUUUUCCAUUCCCUCUUUUUUGUCAUUGUAUAUAAGUACUUAUCAGAGAAAAUGUAUUGUAAUUGUUGAAUAUAAUUCUAGUUUUCAGAGCACCUGGACUUCAUCCUUGUUCCUGUUUUUUUUUUUUUUACCAGAUUUGUCCCUUUAUAUGCCCAUGGUAUCUUUAUGAUUGUAUAUGCUCAUGGUUUUGUUGCUGCCUGAUAAAAAGAACUGAUGAUAAGAGAGAUUGAUUUCUUUUUCAUACUAGAUAGGUAAUAGUGCCAAUUGUUAUUUUUGAUUAUUAACAUCUCAUUGUAUGCAUUGUUUCGACUUUCUUUAUUCUUGCAAAUGUAUUUCUUUGCAGAUUUUCCUUUAAGUUAAUACUCUUUCAAAUUCUGGUGCUAUUUACAUUUGCUAGCAUCUCUUUGUAAGUACAUUUUAAAUGUUGUUUCACAAGUAAAAAUUUGGAUGGUGAAUAUAGAUUCUUUGUAGUUUUGAUUUAACCCUAUUUGCUCCGAAGAGAAUUUGAGAAUAUGUUUUCAAAGGCUCUAAUGGAAAUAUUUGCCUCCAAGUCACAGUAUGUUUUCCCAUUUAUUGGACAGGUUAGACUCUUGGUCUCCAUUUGUGAGGUAAUGAAAAUGUUUGGUAUGAAAAGAGAAAUUUUUUAGUCAAACUUUUCUUGGAAGGGGAAACAGGAAAAAUUCUUGAAAGGUGCAAUAUUUUAUAAGGAAACUUUGAAUAUAUUUUGUACACUUUCACGUUCUAAUCUGACUUUCCCUGUUUGGUUGUGAUGAUUUACAUAAGAAGUCAAUAAUGAUCUUUGUUAAACAAUCAUUACUUUCUUUCCACAAUCAACUAAUUCAUGAAAUCAAGUGUAACCUUCCAAUAACUUUCUAAAACAACCUCCCCCCUGAUUUAUCUUUGUGUUGUAAUACUUGUAUCAUCAUAUUUCAGCAUUUGCCAUACUUUGUGAUAGCCAAAUGCAUUGACUGUUCUGUACAAAACUCUCCUCGAUGCUAGUUUCCCACCUUCUGCAGAGUCUGUUGUGUUUUGUACUAAAACUGUUGUUUUUUGUGCAUAUAUGGCUUAACUUUUCGUUGCAUUUCCUUUUAAAAGAGUUUCUGUUGUGGUACUUACUGGCUGAUGCCAGAGUGUUUUGCACACACACACACAUGUAUGUAUAUAUAUUGGAAACUCGUAUAUCACAUGUAUAGCUGAAAUUAGUACCGAGCAAUAACCAAGUCAUUAUGUACAGAGAGCCUUUCUCUUUUUUGUUAGGUUUUUCUUAUUAAUAAAAAAUUAAUGACCGUUUUGCAGCACUUGCAUAGACUAAUGUGAUGAUGUAUAUUUUUAAACAUCAGACUAUUCAAGAGUAUAUAGAUAUAGAAGUUAUGUGUCAGCUUGUGUAAAUAAGCCAAUGCAAUCUUUUAUGACCCCUUCGCAAAAUCUUGUGCAAAGAUGCAUUAUCUGUAUGCAUACCUAUGUAAGAAAAUUUCAUAUACAUAUACUCGGACAAAGCAAAAUUUAACAUCCAGAUUUUUUAAAUAUAGCUGUGUUUAUUUCAUGAAUCUUCAUUUCUUAUGUCUUGUUGAAUAAUUUCUAUUGAAGUCUUAAUCAUAUCUUUUUUUUUCUUUUCAGUAGAUAUCUUAGUUGAACAAUUUUGAUAUGCUUUUUAAUACUAACUGUAAAAUUUGGAUGUUGAGUAAUGUUUUGA